AUGUGGAGAAAAUUUAUCCAUUGUUUUUAGGCUAUUUAAUUUAUGUUCAAAGCUCCAUUGGUUGAAUACACAAUAAGAAGUAGUUCACCAUCAAAAAUGCAUAACUUUCAUUAUUAUUUUCCCCACCAUCUAUACCUGAAAGUCUUUUAAACAGAAAAAGGAAGAAGUAUUCAAGUGAAGUAAGCAAAAAUAACAAUCGUAGUUUUUGUUAAAAGAUUCAAACUAUUUUCAUUCUUUAAAAAUUAAAUUCUAAUGCUUAAAAUAAUAGUAACUAUCUAAGAGAUCUGA